AUGGAGCCUGUCAUGGAUCCAGACACCGUCGUGAACGGCAGGUUGUCAGAAUCGGAUUGCACGCGCUUCCCGAUUGAUCUGUCGAAGUAUCAAGAGGUGGAGUUGGACCCUUGGGCACGAUCUAUACUGACUGAACAACAGCGAGACAUUCUCAGAUCCAACAUUGCUCUGUGCCGAGACGCUGUGGUCUUCUUUACGGCCCUCGGCGGCGUGUCGGGAUACGGAGGACAUACCGGUGGAGCUUUCGACAUGAUUCCCGAGGUGUGCAUCCUCGACGCUUUCUUCAGGGCGCGUCCAGACAAAUUUGUGCCCACAUUCUUCGACGAGGCUGGCCAUCGAGUGGCCGUUCAAUACCUCUUUGCUGUGCUGCGGGGUCACAUUCCAGCAGAAAGGCUCCUGCACUACCGGGUAGGGCAUUCAGCCCUGCCGGGACACCCCGAGCUUGGCUUGACUCGUGGUGUGCAGUUCAGCUCCGGGCGGCUUGGGCACCUGUGGGGGCACGUCAAUGGAAUCGCCCGAGCUGAGCCAGGUCGGGUUGUUUGCUGCUUCAGCUCUGAUGGUUCUCAGAUGGAAGGCAACACCGCAGAGGCAGCACGAAUGGCAGUUGCUCAAAACCUCAAUGUGAAGCUUUUCGUUGAUGACAACGACACAACAAUUGCGGGGCAUCCGUCUUCCUAUCUCAAAGGUUUCAAUGUUGGUCGCACACUUCGGGGACAUGGACUUUCCUCUGAGGAUGUGGAGGGCGAGGACCUCGAUCUUGUCUACAAGGCCAUGUGCAAGGCAGUUUCGGAGGAAGGUCCCUUCGCGGUUAUUCUGAAGCGGAGCAUGUGCCCAGGCAUCCAGGGCCUCGAAGGAUCCACGGAUGGCCAUGAUGCGAUGCCACUACUUCAUGCGGUCCAAUACUUGGAAUCUCGAGGCCAUGCAGCAGCUGCUGAUAUGCUCACGAAAGUGUGCAAGACAUGCGAUCCUCACCAGAGGUUUUGGGGCUCCGGACAGUUUGGCGCACCAAGGCAAGUUUUUGGAGAGACGGUGGUGCGAGUGCUGGGCCGAAUGGAUGCUGAUGAGAGACGUUCGACGGUGCUCGUGGUGGACAGCGACCUGGAGGGUUCCUGCGGGCUGAAGAAGGUGCGCGAGAAUUUUCCAGAGGUGUACAUCAAAGGUGGCAUAAUGGAACGUGGCAAUUUCAGUGCUUGUGCUGGAUUUGGCUUCGCACGACACCGGCAAGCCGUCUUCGGGACGUUUGCGGCCUUCCAGGAAAUGAUUCUCAGUGAGGUCACGAUGGCUCGGCUAAACCACUGCAACGUUCUGUGUCACUUCAGCCACAGUGGUGUAGAUGACAUGUCAGACAACACUUGUCACUUCGGCUUGAAUAAUUUUUUCGCUGACAAUGGGCUCCAGAGCGAGAUCUGCCCUGACACGAACCUCUUCUUCCCUGCUGACAUUCAUCAAACGUCGAAACUGGUGGAAGCCAUCUUUUGGAAAGAAGGAUUGCGGUUCGUUUACACGACCCGAUCCAAGGUGCCGGAAAUAUUGUGUGAGCAUGGUCAACCGUUUUAUGGAGAGGGCUACGCCAUUAAGCUCGGCACGGAUGACAUCAUCAUCGGUGGGGAUACCUGCGAUGGCUACAUUGUUUCAUAUGGUGAUGGCUUGUACAGAUCUUUCGAUGCUGUUCAGCGGCUGCGACACCUGGGUAUCAACAUUGGUCUGGUGAACAAGUGGCACGUAAAUGCUGUGGAUGACCGAGUCAUGAGCAUCAUUGGCCGCUCGCGAUUCGUCCUCGUGGUGGAGUCGCAGAACAUUCGAACCGGCCUUGGGCUUCGCUUGGGUACUGAGCUUUUGGAGCGCAACCUCACUCCGCGCUUCGGACGCUGCGGCACGCAUCGCGACGGCUGCUGUGGCACUUGGGAGCAUGCCUAUCACCAAGGCUAUGAUACCGCAUCCAUCACGGAGAAGGUUAUCGAGAUUGGGAAGUUUGACCCAGAGCUGGCAGGCAAGGUCAAGAUGCAGAUCAACACGCCAUUGUAUGAGAGUCACAAACAGAGAGCUGUGGCACGGCCUUUGAGCAGCCACUGCGGGACACUGGUGCGCCCCGAUUGCUGA